GGUAGUGAUAUCCCCUUGUUCAGCUUCGAUUCCCGCACAUGCUACUAUGUUCCUCAUUUUUUAUUAUUUUUUCCCAAAAUCCCGCCAAACCUUUUUCAGAAAACCGCCAAAGAAGCAUAAACCUAGUUAUAAAUAUCCAUUGCAUUUCUGUGCUUUCUGCCACACCUAUUGCUGCCGCCGCAGACCAUUGUUCAGCUAUGGCUACUGAAAUUCCUCCAUGUAAAACUGAAAAUUUAGUAAAAGCAACAUGGAAAAUUUCAUCGGAUACCAAAAUGUUACUUGACAUUUGUAUGAGUGAGAUCCGUAAAUGUGGAAAACCCGGUAUUGCUUUUAAGAAUAAGAAAUGGGAGGAAAUACGUGAAGAAUUCAAUAAACGUGCUGAUAAAAACUAUAACCAAAAGCAGUUGAAAAAUAGAAUGGAAACUUUGAGAACUGAUUGGACGACAUGGAAACAAUUAAUUGGUAAAGAAACAGGUUUGGGAUGGAAUCACCAGAUAGGAAAUAUUGAUGUUGAUGCUUCAUGGUGGGAUGCUAAGAUAAGAGGGAAUGUAAAAUAUGCAAAAUUUCGCUAUCAAGGUUUAGAAUUUCGUGAUGAACUGGAAUUCAUAUUUGGGGAUGCAGUGGCAACAAGUCAACGCCAACGGUCACCUGCUUUGGGUGUACCAUUUGAAUCUAGUGACAAAAAUACUACUACAGAUGUGCCACAAGAAAUAAUUGACUCUGAUGAUAGUGAAUUUGAUAUUGGUGACCACUUUAGCCCUGUGGAAAAUACUCAACCCAAAAAGAAAAGAAAGGUUUCACCAGAUAUUGGAGGGAAAGCGACAAAGGGAAAGGCAAAGGUUGGGACGGCAACAAAUAUGAGAAAAACAUUUGAGCGGUUAGUUGAAGCAGCCGAAGGUCAUAAUGAAGUUGAAAAGGCUCAAAUUGCGGCCACCUCUCAUGUCCAUGGAGAGUACUCUAUUCCAGAUUGCGUUAAAUUAUUGAAAAGUGCAAAGGAUAAUGGUUUUUUGAAUGGUCAACAAUUUAGUUAUGCUUUAGAAAUGCUUAAAGAUGAACAAAAUCGAGUCCUACUAAUAACCUUAAAAGAUUCGAAGGAAGAUUUGGUUGAGUGGAUUCUAUACAACUAUGUUGAUAAGAAACCAUCUAAUAUUUAGGUUAAGAUUCGUGUUGGGUUUUCUAGUUAUAUUUGCAUUCAUGCUUUAUGUUUAGAUUUUGCUUUAUGCUUCAUCUUUAGUACUUUUGUUAUUUGGCAUUUAGUAUUUUCCUUUUGGUUGAGAAUUUUGUAUUGAUAUUUAUGCAAUUUUGCAUCGUUCAAGUUUAUGAUGUGUUAUGUUUCUAA